AUGGGCAUUGCUAGUAUGGAUGAAACGGAAGGCGGUGGCGACCUUGCUAAUGUUCCACCACAAAAAGUGUCAUCACCACGAGCUUUGGAAUGCGAUUAUGACAAGAAUCCAACUGAUCUGUACACUGCAAUCGAACGAAAAGAAUGGGAACAUGCAAUGGACAUUAUUCAUUCCGAUGAAGCAGAGGAACAAGCAGGAACAUGGGUACUGCGAAAGGAACUUAACGGACAACUUCGAUGGAGAUUAUUGCCGCUCCAUGCAGCCGUCAUGUUUCGAUGUCCACUGAAAUUGGUAGAGUUGCUUCUAGCUGAUUUUCCCCGUGGUGCCCAGUCGAAAGAUGAUCAGGGAAUGCUUCCUCUUCACUUGGCAUUCCGUAACGAAUCCAGCUGGGAGACUAUUGAAGAACUAAUGACAGCUUUUCCGCAGGCCAUCUUUGUUUGCGAUCGCAAGGGAAGAACGCCGCUGGACUGUGGGAGCAGAAUUCACAUAUCAGGAAACUCUUCGCAAAAGUCCGGAGCUUCAUCACAGUACCCUGCAAGCCAGGCAUUCAGGUCUGUUUGUAGCGUGCUUGAUCUUUACGCUCAGAUUACGGAAUCUGGAGUCCGUAAGUCUGCUCAAGAAGAGUCGAGAAGCAUGGUGGAAGCAACCAUCUCGCAAUUGCAAGAUACGCAAUAUGACAAGGUUAAAAAUAUGAAGAAAGAGUUUAAGGAAUCACAGGAUGGGAACCAAGCACAAAUAGCGAAACUAGAGGAAGAAAAUCAAACGCUACGUGAUAAGACCCAAUCUCAACAAUUGGAUCUAUCCGUUGCAAGAACGACUGAAAAGCAACUGACGGACAAGCUACGGGAAAUGACAAUUGCUUUGAAGCAAUCCAAUGAGACCAUCAAAGCUAAACAUAACGAUCGAAAGAUGGAUGAUACUAGUAUUGUGCUGAAGAAUAUGAUGGAAAAGUUGUUGAUACAGCAAAAACAAUACGAGCGACAGUUUGCAAACUUAAUGACAAACUAUGAAGCGCUGCUAGAAGAGAGACGAAAAAUACAGUCAAUCUUCAUUGAAGCCUCUGAGCAACAAAUACUGAACGAAAAAGAGGUUCUGAAUGACGCCCAAAAAUUCUUGUUAGACCAACAAAAGAAACUCAAAGAAGAUAUCUUUGGCAUAUUGGGUGACGAGAAGAAAACCGAUGAUCCAUAG